CAUCUUGUGUAGAAAGAAGAAAAGAAUUAAUGGACAGAAUCCGGAAGGUUAUGCAAAAGAAUAUUAAAUUCCAUCUGACUUUCUGGAGUUGAAGACAGAACUUAGCAGAAGGAUUCUAAUGGCCGACCGCUUCCCGCCGGCAGCCGAGCUCACCACCAGUGGCCGUCCGGUGCUGAUCCCAAACGAAAUCGAAUGUUCAAUUCUCUCCUCUGUCGACCUCGAGUGCGAUGAAAUUCCCUCGUUCCCUCUCCUGAAGUCUGGCAUUAUCAUCCUCACCACUCAUCGUAUCGUCUGGAUUUCUGACUCCACCAAUUCCGCAGUUGCGGUGCCUCUCGCCGCCGUUAACCACAUCCUUUCGUCCAAGAAGGGCAUCAAGUCAAUGUUCGCCUCGCCCAGGGUCCGUUUCCAGGUAUCGGUUCCCUAUGGCGGGAGUUCGAGAUCAGCUGUGAUCACGAUUGUAAUUAGGGGAAAGGGGGACCACGAGGUCUUUGUAAGCAAGUUUUGGGAGAACUGGAGAGCCAGGGCGUGGGAGAAUGAUGAUAAUAGUAAAGAUUCCAGUAGCAGUUCUGCGUCGGGGCCGAGUUCUACUGGUUCUGGUGGAUUAUAUUCGAGUGAAGGAACGGUGAGGAUGGUUGGAGUAGCGGGAAUUCUGAGGAAGGAGCAAGAGAUGUGGGAGAAUACUGAUAAGAGUUUACAAGAAGCUUUCCAGGAUCUUAAUGCUUUAAUGAGUAAAGCUAAGGAAAUGGUAAUGCUAGCAGAAAAAAUGAGACAAAAACUUUUAGCCAGUACAAAUUCUCACAGUGGUUCGACAAAUGACGACGAAGUAGCUUCAAAAGAAGAAAUUCAAGAUUGGCUGUUGAGUGUUGGUAUCAUUUCCCCUGUGACAAAAGAGUCUGCUGGUGCUCUUUAUCAUCAGCAGUUGUCUCGUCAGCUGGCUGAUUUUGUUCGAACUCCACUUGAUAUAGCCGGUGGAAUGAUCAGUCUUAUAGAUAUAUACUGCCUAUUCAAUCGUGCUCGAGGAACAGAAUUGAUCUCACCAGAUGAUUUGUUGCAAGCAUGUUUGCUUUGGGAGAAGAUUGACGUUCCUGUAAUGAUCCGUAAAUUUGACAGUGGAGUCAUGGUAAUCCAGAGUAAAUCCUACAGUGAUGAUGAGGUUUUUGCUAGAAUAAGAACGCUUGUAACAAAGCCCGAUGCUCUCCAAUUCGGUGUCAGUGCCAGUGAUGCUGCAAGGACUCUUGGGAUUGCUCCAGCUAUGGCCAAGGAGCAUCUUUUAACAGCAGAGAGUAAAGGUUUGCUGUGUCGAGAUGUCAGCCCUGAGGGGUUCCGGUUUUAUAUUAACCUAUUUCCUGAGAUUAACUCAGAAGAUUUAUAUUUGGUUAAAGAUUAUACAGUUUAUGCUUCAUGGAUCAAGGCCACUAUUGGUAAUAGGCGGAAAUAAGAACACGUAACAUGACAAAUUCUACCAUGAAAGAUUUUGAUUGGCGCCGAAUUCGGUGAAGGAUUUCCCGUACCCACACGUAUGUAAUACCUGCUGCUUCUGUCUAUUCAAAUAGCAACUGCAUGGGAAGGGAACGUCCAAUUAUUUCUUUCAAUAUCUGCUUGUGAACGACGGCAGGUGGUAUUCGAGAGUUUUGAGGCAUUCCUCCAUUUGGAUUACUUUUUUAUUGGUCAUGUAAUGCCUGAUUAAGAAGAAAAGGAUCAAACACAAUGAUCACUCGGAGAUGUUUUUGGUAGUCACCAUGAAACGUUAUUCUAUGAAAGAAAGUCAAUCUUGUGUUUUUAUUGCUGCCCAUACACUGUACAAAACGUUUCGUCUUUGUCAUUGGAAAUGUUCUGCUCAACAAUUUUGUUUAAA